UUGACCGGAAGCUUAUCACUGCCGUCAGCUGAUUUUAAUAGCUUAUUUGUGUUUUUUUAUUUAUGGCUCAUCCAAUUUCUACACAAUUCUUAUCGGAGGUCGAAAAUGAUUGAAUCUGUAACAGCUUUUCAAAGUGAAAUGCUGAUCUGGCUUGCCGUCGGCUCCCUGAUCGCAUUUAUCCUUGCAUUUGCUAUUGGAGCCAAUGAUACUGCUAAUUCAUUUGGUACCAGCGUUGGUAGCAAAGUACUCACUCUUACUCAAGCUUACAUAUUGGCUAGCGUUUUUGAGACGAUGGGAGCCUGCUUGCUGGGGCACAAAGUGACAGAUACAAUGCGUAAAGGAGUUCUAGACCUUUCCGUGUAUAAUAACAGUGAACGCGAACUCAUGUAUGGACAGAUCUCCAUCCUGUCCGGUUGCGGUACUUGGAUGUUGCUUGCAACAGCCCUCAAACUGCCUGUGUCCACUACCCAUUCGAUCGUUGGUGCGACUAUUGGAUUUUCACUCGUUUUGAAAGGAACAGAUGGCAUACGAUGGGCAAAAAUUAACAAAAUUUUCUUAUCUUGGAUUGUGUCUCCUCUCCUCUCUGGAGUAGUUUCCAUCUUAUUCUACGUAGCCAUUGAUCAUUUCAUUUUGAGAAGAAGUCGACCUCUUAACAGCGGUCUACACAUGCUUCCUUUCUUGUACUUUUUAUGUUUUUCUUUUAACGUUUUUGCGAUCAUCUACGAGGGAUCAGAAUAUCUUGGUUUCCAUAAUUUGACGCUCUCUUCUUGUCUACUUAUCGCUUCUGGUGCCGGACUUGUUGUUGCUCUUGUAGUCAAGUUCUUCGUAGGACCAUGGCUCAAGAAAAGCAUAUUAGAACGUGCGGAUGGAGAUGUAUGUAGUGGAAAACCUCUGGUAGAAAUGAACACUGGAGAAGGACAUAAAGCUGGGUUGUUAGAACUUGAAAAUAACGGACUGAAGGAGAAAGAAGCAAAUGGAAUUUGUCAUGCUCCUAAUGUGGUUGCUCCAUCUUCUUCCGUCACUUCUUUCUUCCGUUCUUCCAAACCUGAAGAUCCACAAGCCGCUCGUUUGUUUUCACUUCUUCAAGUAAUGACAGCUUGUUUCGGUGGAUUUGCUCAUGGAGGAAAUGAUGUUAGUAACGCUAUCGCCCCACUUGUUUCUCUCGUUGUCAUAUAUCAAGAAGGUUCUGCUGCCCAAACUCUUGGUACUCCAUGGUACUUACUCUUAUAUGGAGCCGUUGGAAUGUGUAUUGGACUAUGGCUUUUGGGACAUCGGGUGAUAUACACAGUCGGAGAAAAUUUGACCAAAAUCACUCCACCCGGAGGUUUCGCUAUCGAGUUUGGAGCAGCUGUAACAGUUCUAGCUGCAUCCAAAUUCGGCUUGCCCAUCUCUUCUACCCAAUGCAAAGUUGGCUCAGUUGUAGCUGUAGGUCUUGUGCAAGCUUCCCACUCUGUAAGAUGGCAUACUUUCCGCAACAUCAGUUUGUCAUGGAUAGUAACACUACCAGUUGCAGGCAUAUUAUCUGCGGCUGUGAUGUCUCUUUUCCAAUUCUUCGUUUUAUAA